AGUCGGUGCGCGGCCGGGUUACUGGGUGGACGUGUUAUGUGUGUGGCAUGCUUCCUCAUUCAAAAUACCCGAGGAGGUGAAUGAGCCGCAACUGUUUCCAAGAUGGUUGAUUUUCCCAGUUAGCCUUCACUGAUAACGUGACUGAUCCCAACGACCAGCACCGAUGCAACAUGCUGCCAACAACUCACCAUCCAUAUCAGCACCAUCAAUACCACCACUACAACCACCAUCAUAUACAGAAUACACGAUUUGUGGUGGAUGACCGGAGUAUGUGGACAACACAAUCGGACUACACGGACACCACAUCAACCACUCUCUAUGGCCCGAUCAAAUAUCAUGAUAUGGCACCUGAGUUGAUGACUCCUAUGGUUUUAACACCGCAUUCAGUUGUACCCUAUUAUCUUCCUCAGGUGCUAGCAGCACUGGUGGUGUCACUGGGCUCGUUCGCUGCCGGCCUGGGCAAAGGCUACAGUUCGCCGGCCAUCGCAUCGCUGCAGGACAAGCAGAACUAUGCUCGACACACUGGCAACUUCAGUGAUGCUUUCGCCGUCAGCCAACAACAGGUGUCGUGGGUGGCGAGCGUGAGCAUGUUGGGCGCUCUGUUCGGCGGCAUGUUCGGCGGCCUAGCUAUGAAGUUCGGCCGCAAGAGGGUGCUGGUGUUCACAUCGCUGCCCUUCUCCGGCGCCUGGAUCAUCACCAUGUUCGCCACCAGUGUGGAGGUUAUGUUCUUCACUGGCUUCGUCGGCGGUUUCUGUUGUGCUAUUGUGUUGCUCGUCUCACAGGUGUACAUAAGCGAGAUAGCAGUGCCGGAUAUCCGCGGCUGCCUGUCGGCCGUGCUGAAGGUGGCCUCUCAGAUCGGUGUUCUGGUGAGCUUCGCAGCUGGUGCCUACCUCGACUGGCGUCAGUUGGCUCUGCUCAUCGCCAGUGCUCCACUCAUGCUGCUAGUGUGCGCGCUCUACAUCCCCGAGACGCCCAGCUUCCUCGUACUAGCUGGCCGCGAGCGUGACGCUGCUGCCGCUCUCAGAUGGCUGCGCGGCCCGGAGGCGGACGUGCACCGAGAACUGGCAACACUGCGGGACAACGUGCGUGCCGGCCGAACCCUGCGACCCGCCGGUCACGCUGGGCAUGCGCACGGCUUGGCACUCAUCAUGCAGCCUGUCUUCAUCACCUGCGGCCUCAUGCUGUUCCAAAGGUUCUCCGGCGUGACAGCGUUCCACUCGUACGCAGUGAGCAUAUUCAGGGAGACGCUGGGCGGUACGGACCCUCACGGCGGAGCGCUGGCCAUGGCUUUCGUUCAGCUGCUCUCCUCGCUGUUAUCGGGCUUGCUGGUCGACUCAGUCGGUCGUCUGCCGCUGCUAGUCGCCAGCAGUGUGUUUAUGUCACUGGCGUUGGCCAGUUUCGGCUCGUUCGCCUACUACGAGCAGAUGCAGCGUCAGCGAAACGCCAGUCCGCCUGCCGACCAUGACUGGAUACCGCUGCUCUGUGUCCUCGUCUUCACGAUCGCCUUCUCGAUGGGAAUCUCGCCGAUCUCCUGGUUACUGGUCGGCGAACUUUUCCCGUUGGAGUAUCGCGGACUCGGAGGAGCGCUCGCCACCUCAUUCAACUACGCAUGCGCGUUCGUCGGUGUGAAAACGUUCGUGGAUUUCCAGGAGAUGUUCGGACUACACGGCGCUUUCUGGCUGUAUGCGGCCAUCUCAGUGUGUGGUCUCUGCUUCAUCGUAUGCUUUGUGCCCGAAACCAAGGGCAAAGACCUGGAGGAAAUGGACCAUAGAUACGCGAGGACUUAGUUGGCUAGUGAUUAUUAUGCAUUUGUAGGACCAUUUUGUAAUAAUUUGUAUCAUAAUUUAGUUGAUGUCGGUAGUAUCGAUAAACAAUGUUUGAUCGUUAGGGGUUUCUUAUCUAAUAUCUCUAGCCAGACUUGCUGGUAUUGAACUGUAAAAUGUUUUAUUAAGGUUGUAAAACUCUUCCAUAGUCACCUGAAAGUGUUGUAGAGGAAACAUUCAUUGUAAUGUAAUUUUAUCAUAUAUUGAAAACUGAUCCAUACCGGAAAGUGAAUGUGUUGAAGAAAAGUUUUGAUUUACUGGAGAGGGCUUAAAACCAUGGAGACUGUAACAAUUCAUAGAGCAGAUGGCAAGACUGAGGGUGAAGAAUUUUGAUGAAGCAAGAAAAGUUGGCAAUAGAUUGUAUAGUCUGAAUAGGUAACGCUACUCUCUCCUUAUUUUUGAAGUAACAUCAGAGUCAUGUGAAAACUAUUCGAACUUGCUCAUAUAGCUUACUUAUACUUGCAUAGGUUGCUGUUAUGAAAAGUAUACCUAUAAAAAUCUUAUGACAGCAGAAUGGCAUUCAAAACAUUCAUUAGUCGACUUGUCUUUGAAUAAUUUUCAUAACCACCUUGGUUUGUCAACAUCAGGAGAGGCUCCAUCGUAGAAUAUUUAGGCUGCAUUACUUCAUUUUUACUGCAGUACAAUAAUCAGGCAAGGGUGAAUUAACAGCAUUCUUCUCGCCAUUAUUGUGGAAUCAUUUUUUAGUGAAUCUUUCUUGAUUAUAAAUGUUCCUCCACUAUAAGGGAUCGCAUAGGAAGAUUUUAGGCGAUAGGACAAGUUAUGUGUCUUUUUUCAAGUUGUAACCAAAACACCAGCAUGAAUCUAUUAACUUUUUCAGACCUAUAUCGCUAUUUGCAACACCAAUAAUACCAUAUUAUCAAACCGAUUGCUCAUGGAAAAUAAGAAAAACUUGAAGGAAUUUAUCCUUAGUGAGAUUAACUUGAAACUGUCAGCAUAUUAUUUGAAUAACAUUGUCAAUGCUUCCAAUAAAACCAAUGCUGAUAGUUGAUCUUAACAACAGAAUUACAAAAUAAUCAUUUGUAGGUAGUAGGUAAUCUAAGAAUGAUUAGCUGAAAAAAACUGUUGUAUUCUUGUAGUUUAAGGAAAUCUCUAAUAUAUUUGGAAUCCAUUAAUCCAGUUGAUUCAUAUAUUAAUAGUAGGCAUGAUAUGCAAUAGAAUCAGAGGUAUUUUAUUUGAUAGGCUACUCUUCAAUAUAUAAUAAAAUCUUCCAGCAAUAAUAUCUCUCAGCAUAAUAAGAUAGUAGCUUUUGAUAUACUGAAAAUUUUCAAAUACUACUUUAUUAAAAUAUACUAUAGUAGCCAUAAAUUGUUUAACAUUAAUUUCUAACUGUGCUGGAAUAUUUAAUAAGUUUCAAAUAAUGAAUCAAUCGAUGAUGAUACUAUAUCAAUGUAUUUGAUUACAACAUUCAAUGUAGCAUACAUAUCUGGAUUCUCUCAAAUCUUUCAUGAAAAUUUAUUUAGAAUUUUCCAAGCCUGAAAUUAAAACACAAUUAGUCAUUUUUCUUCUCAUCUAUAACAGCAUAUUUUACAGUUCUUAAUCAAAGAUUAGAUUGGAAAUUAUUUGGAAUUCUUUUCAGAUUGAACAAACAUAAUUAUCUAUUGUUUUUUGUUGCCUAAAACUUGUAUUUCUUAAGUAAUUCAACUGCACUACUGCAAGUUUAAGGUGAUCUUUUUCCAUUGUUUUUAAUCAAACAUUGUUUAUCGAUUGUACUUAUUCAUAAGAGCUUAUUGUGAAAAACUUUUCGAUUUACAAGAAAUCAUUUAUUCUUGAGGGAGAGAGAGAUAAGUUUCAUGGUUCCUUAACAAAGCCCACAAGAAAUAUUCGAAAAAUACAACUAAUCUCAUCUAUAGACUUAACUCUGUAUUGAUAAUACCGUUGAUUGACAUAGUAGUGAGCCUUCGAUUAUUGAUAUUGCAUUGUUCAUUGGAAAUGAAAACAUGAUUAACAUUGCUCAAAUAUAGUCAAGAUUCUUCCAAAAUUUAGAAAAUAGAAACUUACAGCUAGAUAAAGAAAGUUUUAGUUAAUAAAAUUUUAAACAUACACGGAACUUACAAAAAGCAGCAGCUUCUUGGAGAAUUUGAUAACAUAUAAGCAUAAGAAAUGUGAAAUCAAUAUUAUCAACAACUAAAGAUUUCAAAGCUCAUGUUAGCUCAUUCAAUAUCCAAAACAAGCAACUCAUUGAACUAGCAUCCAACUCAUGUGAUGCUGAAGUUCAAAAAAGGUCCUAAAAUGAUUAUCUUUUAAUACAGGGAUCAAUUUAUAUUCAUAGUUGUGAAAACAGUUGUAUGACCAUCUUCCCUUGUUAAGUUUAAGUAAAGUCAAGAAAUGUAUAAUGUGCCAGUGCAUUAUUUUGAGAUACUUUUUAAUGUGUGGCAAACCAUGUUGAUAAAUAGCUGACUUUUCUCUCCUUCCCAAUAUAAAAAUUGCAAACAAUUUAUUUUAAUGCUGCAAAUAUCAGAGUAAUUUUGAGAAACUUGAUACAAAUUUUGCAUAUUGAAUGAUUUCUAAGACUUAUUCAUUUCUAUAAUGUUAUAACAAUUAAAAAUAGAUAUUAUUCUUCAUUAUUGCACUUACUUCAACACAUGUGAUAAUAUGAUUUUUAAAUCAUAUAGGUUUACAUAGAAUGUUGUUAUAAUAACUCGUGAGAUGUUCUUUAACGUUGUUCUGUCUGAGGAUGAUUUUUACAACAAUUUUCUCUCCUUUUGGGCCUGUACGAUUCCAAAUGAACUGUAUAUACAAUACCACACUACACUUCAUGUAUAGAUGUAUAACAUUUUUUAUUGUCUCUUUUUCUCUAACCAAUCAGACGAAUUCCAGUUUUGGGACCAUAUAAAUUGCAACUUUUCAAUUACAAGGAUAGAUAAUAUCACGGUACAUUAUACUCCAUUACUAAACUCAAAAAUCAACCAAACAUUAUACUGUAACCAGAAGUUAUUUGCAGCAUUGAAGUAAACUGAUUUAUUGCUUCAACAGUAAAAUUCAGCGCACAGUUGAUUGGAAAACAGUUAAUAAUUUCUCGUUGCUUCUCAAAUAUGUUAUCAUCGAUUCAAAAAUGUAAAACAAUUUUCCUAAAGUGUGCCUUUAGUAUAAAUGACCCUUAUGUUUUAGUGGUAGGCAGUCCCUAACAAUAUUAUUCAUAUCACUGAUGGAAAAUGUUCAAUCAUUCAUCUGAUCAUCCCUGACAGUCUUCUAUCAAGGUAUCUUUGAACAGAAUGAAUGAAUUAAAUUUUCUAAUUUCAUCAUUUCUUGUAACUAUUGAAAGUUGUUGAAGAUAUUGUACUUUGUAUAAUUUUAUUAACUGAUUUCCAGGCUAAUUAUAAACAUAGUAUUUGACGCCUUCACUAUGUUUAGGUAGCAUGUUGAGAAAUUCUUCAUUCCAGACAAUAAAUAAUUGUAUUCAUGAACAAUGAUAAUAUUAAAUGACAAUAAAUUGAAUUUUAAGAUAUUUGAAUGAAAAUAAUAGGACAAUAAUUGAAUAACAAUAUUAUUAUUGUGUAUUUCAUGGUCUUUCUCCUUCUUAUAAUAAAAUUUUAGCCCAAUAAUGAGUAACACAAGCAUUUCAAUAGAAUUAUACUAUUUUAUAUUUAUAUUCUUCGUGAUAAUAUUUCAGGUGAACGCAUUCUCACCUUCAUUCUCCAUAAACAUAUCUGAACAUAUCCUUGCAUUGUCUCUUGAGAUUGGAGAUCACAAAAAUUGUAAAAUUCAUGUAACUCUCAUAAUAUUGUGAUUUCAGUCAUCUGUGAUCUCAAAGAGUGGUUUUGAAGGAGAAAACCCCCAACUAUUUAUCUGAAUGAGUUGUGUUUGGCUGAGUAUAGUAUAAUAACCUGCAGCACAAAGAGAUUUUUCACUAGUUGAGAGUGAUUACUGACAUAAUCAAGAAUCACAAAAUUAAGAUCUUCUGAUAAUAAAAUAGAGGAAAUUCUGCUACCGUAUUGAUGACAAAAAUAUAAUUAUUUUAUUUUAGCUUUGGAGUAGAUCUCUCUUUUAUAGUGAAAAUAGGAUGAAAUGGUGCGUUGUAGAUAAUAUCACUCAUAUCUUAUAAGUGGAAAAUGUAAAUUAAUAUUAUAUCUUACUUAUUCUUUUCUCUCAUCUUCACAAAUACUCUCAAGCAAUAGUUCUCUGAAUAAAAUGUGAAUUUCUACAAUUGGGGUAGUAGGCCUAAAUUUCAAGGUUAAAUGAAAGCGAUAUUGUCGUAGUUCCAAAUAAUUUAUUUGAGCUAAACUAAAGUUUCAAUGCAGUUGAGGUCAGUAUAACCAAAAAAAACACUGAUGAUGAUGAUGAUGAUGAUGAUGAUGAUGAUGAUGAUGAUGAUAAUGAUAAUGCCUUGAAUGCAUUGAAACUUGACUAAAAAAAUUAUGUGUGGAACUGAAAAUAUUCUUUUUCAACCUAAAUAUGUAGUCAUUCCACAAUAUCUCUGUUCAUAGAGUAAAUAUAUAUGUAUAUUCCAGUUUUUAGUCAGUUUUGCAUACGAAUCACUGCUAGCUGUUAAAAACAUAACAGUGUCGCCUAUAUCAUAUCGAAUGAAAGCGAAAAAAUAUUCUUGAUCAAUAUAAAUAUAUUCUUUUAAAAAAAUGAGGAAUUUUCGAUAUUUCUUUCAAGAGUUUCCAUGCUAAUUUUUGAAACCUAUAAAAUGGAAAAUUUCGAUUUGGAAUAGCAUAAGCUCUGGUUCUAGAAUAGUUAAAAAUUCUUAGACAUCAAUGACUAUGACAAUAUUAUGAAUAUACACUAUUGCCUUAGAAUAGAACUAGUCAUCCUUUCUCUCUCCUACCUCACCUCACCUGUAGACUGAUUUUUCUUGUAAAUUUCUAUUCUUCUAAUAGUAAUAGUUUUGUACGAAUGUGUUUGAAAUUUUGAGCUUGAAUCAAAUUGUGAGAAUGUAAAUUACUGUAAUUAGAUUUAUAUAUUUUUUAAACAUUCAAGGUACUUAUGUAAAUAGAGAUAAAAAUUUUCAAUUAUUUAUAUCUAAUAAUAUAAUCUGUAGGCUACAAUAAUAUACGAAUAAUUUUUCAAUUGGCAAUUAGGAGCAUUCGGUUUUCAUCUUUGAAAGAAUAUUCUGUCAUGUUACUAGGCUUAUAUAGUUGAAAACAAUCGUUGAAAGUUAGUUGCUAUUUGUUCAAAUUAAUUGAAAUUUGAAAAUUAGACUGAAUUCUAAUACAAAAAUAUCAUUGUGAAUUGUUGAUAAAUUCUCAGUAUUAGUACUUAAAUCUGAAUUCGACAUAAGAAGAAUAAUUUCAUAUUUGAAUCCUCGUUUGACGUAGACCUCACUUCAAGGUUUGUCUAGGUGCAAAUACUACAUCAAGUUGUUUACCUGGUUACCCACCUAGUCUUUUUCCUUUGGAUACUAUACUCUUCCAUCUUCUCAUAAACAAGACCUUCAAUAUAUCUUUAUAUAGGCCUAUAGUUCUAAAAUCACUUAUUAUUUUGCUCUUUUUUCAGUACCGUAACUUCUAUUAUGACCCAGGUUUUAUUAUAAAAUGGAAACAAUGAGUUUUGCAAGGUGGAUUAUUGUAUUAUGUGGGUUAGAUAAUACUGAAUCAUCCUUACUUUCCUCUUAUUUCCAAUUAGUUUGAGAACAGUAUUCUUAUUCUUUACUUCUCUUUCUUAAGAAUAUUCUCAACAGCCUAGUGACCUGACAAUAACUAUUCAACUUCAUAUAAUAUUAUAUGUAUAGGCCAUAUGAAUUGCUAAAAAAUAAUAUGUUGUGAUUCAUAAAGUCAUUCACAGAUGACCAAGGUAUUACGAUAGCUCACUGUUGAAUGAAGGGAUCACUGUUGGAUCUGUGAAAAUAUGAAAUUUGAAUCUGAAUGGAAAUUAGAUUGUCACAAUAAUUAUAAGGAUGUAUUGGAAUAAUUUAGUGUAGAAAAUAGACUGAUGCAUGUUUAGGCUACUAUAUGUCUGAUUAGAAAACGAAUUGAGUGAUCGAAAAGUAACUAUUGAAAACAUGUUAUGAGACAUUGCUGUGUUAAGUAUAUCUACUGAAUUAGAAAUGAGAAUUACCGUACCGUAUGCUAUUAUGAAUAGGUAUUAGAAUUUUUAUUUUUUUCGCUUUAAAUUUUCACACCGUAUUCAAGUUUCAAAUUCAAUUAAGUAAAGCUACAUAUCUAUAGUGUAAUUUAACUGUUGGGAUCUCCUUAUUAGCUUUGGAUUUGUAAUGAUUUCUUAGCAUUUAAUUCAUAUGAUAGGGCCUACAUAAUAUUCAUUGUGGAACGGCAUUUCUACUACAUCAGUAGGUGAAUUGGAAAGUGAUAUUAAUAUGAUAGUAGAUAUAGCCUACCUUGUCAUGAAAUUAUCACAGAUUGGAAAAAUAUCUUUAUUCAGUUAUAAACAUUCGAUAUUGUCAAUUUGCCUGAAACGAUGAUGAUGAUGAUGAUGAUGAUGAUGAUGAUGAUGAUGAUGAUGAUGAUGAUGAUGAUGAUGAUGAUAUGAUCCCAAUGUGAGGAAUGGAAUGUCAUCUGUGUGUGCAAUAUAAGUUACUUAAUUUCUCAAUAAAAUUCAAUGUUCUCACAAUACUAAUGCUUCCAAUUAUAUUAUAAGCUUGUGAGUAAAUAAUAUAACACUGUUGAAAAUGUUAGCUAUUGAGAAAUAUUUUUUUAAAUCGACAAUAAUUAUUAGCCUAUACCUAAAUCGUCGUUAAAGUAGUGCUUUUGUAAUAACUAUACCUAUAUGAACAUUAUGUUGACAAUAAUAACGAUAAUAAUUCUAAUCAUGAGAAAACAUCAAUUUUUGACAAUAAGCUAGACUUCAAAAACUAUAUACAGCUUGAUUCUGUUGAAUAGAAUUAAUUGAGCUGUUUGAUGUAAAAAUAUUAUUUUUUGCUUGAAAAUAAAUUUAUAUAAGAAAGAAA